AUGGCUUCUGAGAAAGGCAUCACUCACCACCAGGAAAACGUCUUCACUCAAGAUGCCUCCAAAGCCGCUGGUCAUGGCCUCGCAGCCACUGAUCAGUAUGGACGGGCGUUGAUCGAGUUCGAUCCAGCAGCAGAACGCCGCCUGCGCCGCAAGAUUGACCUGUUCAUCCUCCCCACUGUUUCGCUCAUCUACCUCUUCUGUUUCAUCGAUCGAGCCAAUAUUGGAAAUGCCAAACUGGCCGGUCUCGAGAAAGACCUAGGCUUCACAGGCUACGACUACAACAUCGUCCUCUCAGUCUUCUACAUCUCCUACAUCCUCUUCGAAAUCCCCUCCAACAUCGCUUGCAAGUUGAUCGGCCCGGGCUGGUUCCUCCCCGCGGUGACCACCGCCUUUGGCAUCUGUUCGCUGGGCACGGCGUUCGUCCAGAACAAGCAAGGCGCCGCCGGGGUGCGCUUCCUUCUUGGAAUCUUCGAAGCAGGCAUGCUGCCUGGCAUCGCCUACUACCUCUCGCGCUGGUACCGUCGCAAGGAGCUUGCCUUCUACUUAUCGCUGUACAUCGUGAUGGCGCCGCUGGCAGGGGCGUUCGGCGGGCUGCUGGCCUCGGCGAUCCUCAAGAUCGACCACUUCGGCAGUCUGCACACGUGGCGCAUGAUCUUCGCCAUCGAAGGGAUCAUCACGAUCGGGCUGGGGCUCCUCGCAUUCGUGACGUUGACGGACCGGCCCGAGACGGCGCGGUGGCUCACGCAGGAACAAAAAGACCUCGCCAUUGCGCGGAUCAAGUCCGAGCGCGUCGCAACGACCGAGGUCCUCGACAAGAUGGACAAGGCCAAGAUGAUGCGGGGAAUCUUCAGCCCGGCGACCCUCACCACGGCGUUCAUCUUCCUGCUCAACAACGUCACGGUCCAAGGCUUAGCCUUCUUCGCGCCGACGAUCGUGCGCACCAUCUACCCAACCAGCAGCGUCGUCUCGCAGCAGCUGCACACGGUGCCGCCCUACAUCGUGGGCGCCUUCUUCACGGUGCUCUUCCCCUUCCUGAGCUGGCGCUUCGACCGGCGCCUGCCCUUCUUCGUCCUCGCCCCGCCGCUCACCAUCACGGGCUACAUCAUGUUCCUGGCCAGCACCAACCCGCAGGUCCGCUACGGCGCGACCUUCCUCAUCGCCGCGGGGGCCUUCAGCUUCGGCGCCCUCUGCAACGCCCACGUCUCGAACAAUGUUGUCUCCGACACCGCCCGCUCCGCCGCCAUCGGCACCAACGUCAUGUUCGGCAACGUCGGCGGCCUCGUCUCCACCUGGUCCUUCCUCCCCUCCGACGCCCCGAACUACCACAUCGGCAACGGCCUCAACCUGGCCACCGCCUCCAUGACCCUGAUCCUGGGCGCGUUGAUGUGGAUGUGGAUGCGCUGGGACAACCGCCGCCGCGAGAAGGUCGAUAUCGAUCGCGCGCUGGCCGACCUCUCGCAGGAGCAGAUCCAGGAUCUGGACUGGCGCAACCCCGCCUUCAAGUGGAAGAUGUAA